AUGCGGAUUAGCCUCCAAAAUUUCACCGAUGAGACAAAGAAACGCAUAACAUCUCCUCGAUCAAUAGUUGCAAUGCGUCGGCGUGCUAUUCGCUUUUCAGACAUAAAGCCUCUACCAUAUAGCAACUUUCAGCGGGACUAUCCAGAGCCUGCUAUUGCAGAUUUGCACUAUAAAAAAUACGAAGAAAAAAGACAGAGUUUGUUAGAGGACGUUAGGGCAGAAUUCAACAAAGUUUGCGAGCUUGGCAUAUCGCGGGAGGAGUUUCUCUUUUUGGGGUCUCCGCCUGAAAUCAAGAAGUUAGUUAAUGAAGACUUAUCCUGCAGCGGAAAGGUUAUGAGUAGCGAAAUAGACAAGUCUUCUCUUGCCUACAUAUCUAAGGUAAGAGCACUCGAGGCAAUGCAAAAACGGCAAGCGAGGGAGGCACAGCACAAAGCAGAAAUGGAGGAACGCAUGAGACAGAAGGAAGAGCGCGCCAAACUGGCAGAGGAGGCGAAGUUUAAGGCCAUGGCAAAGCAGCAAGAGCAGCGCGAAAUCGCGCGUAUUGCUGAGCUAGAAAAACAACAGCGUAUAGAGGAAGAAAAACGUCGCUAUAAGGAAAAGAAGGAGAAAGAGCGGAAAGAAAUGGAGGCAAAGGAAGCUGCCAAGCGCGAGCAAAUCCAAGCUCGCCAAGAAGCUCAUAAAAAACAGCUGGAAGAGGAGGCCCGCCGCCGCAACCAGGAGCAAGAGGAAAAGAACAGAAUGAUGGAGCAACGAGCCCGAGAAUACCAACGGCAGAUGGAGGAGGCCACCGAGCAUCGUCGCCGCAUGAUGGAGCAGAAGGAGGCCGAGCGGAUGCAACAGUUAGCAGAAGAGCGUGAGCGGAAACGCCGUGAAAAUGAGGAGCGGCAACGAGAGGCGGAGCGAAAACUCAAUGAAGUCAACCGACAGCGGGCUAAGGACGAUGCAGAGCGCCGCGCUAGCACACUUCUGAAGCUUCAGCAAGGCGAGGAGCGGCUAGCAAAGAGGAAGGAAGAGGAGCGCCUACGAUUGGAAGAAGAGCACAAGUUGGCGGAGGAGAAAGAAAAGGCUCGCCUAGAGCUCUUGGCUAAACAGCGGGAACUGGCAGAGAAGAAACGCAUUGAGGCGUUGCAGCGCGAAAAGGAGCGUGAAGAACGAGCUCGUGAACAGGCCGAGGCUCGCCGGUUGGAGGAAAAGCUCAAACUUGAAGAAGAGAAGCUUCGCGUCAAAGAUAGAAUCGAGAAUGCAAAGAGGUUGUGGGAGCAAACAGAAUACUCUAAGCGAGUUGCCCUCACUAAGUUAGAAGCCCGAAUGGACAACGCCUUAGAGCACCAGAGACAAAAGUUGGGCCAAAAGGACCUCAUGCUCCACCUUAAUAUCAAGGUUGAGGACUUGGCAGGUAUCUCCGAUUCCCAAACGGCCAGAAAUCGCAGCAACUCCAUGGAAUAUGAGGAGAAACCCAAGCGUGCCAGAAGCUACGGGACAGCACGCAAGGCCACCAAAAAAACGGCUGUCUCCAACUCAGAUGACCAUGCCUUGACAAAUGAGGAAGCAGAGGCCGUUCUGGCAACGUUACACAAGUCUCUGCAUGACACAACGAAGCUGGACAGGCCCAGGCCUGUGAUUACACAGGAUGAUAUUGUACAAUUAAGACAAAAACACAAUGCAGAGAUUCUCCAGCGCAUUAACUAUGAGCAAGCAAAGGAAGAGGAACGUCGCGCAGAGCUAGCAAGGACUAACGACCCCACAGAGCGGCGUCGUCUUACAACCCUCUUCACGCGGGAGCGUCUUGCGGCGACAGAUGAGAUGAAUGAGCUUAAGGAACGUCAUGACAAAGAGAUGCGCCGCCUCCUGACAGGGACAUAUCGCAAGUAA